CUUUGCUUUUUCUCCUUCUUUACUUGAUUGUUCCGCCCCCAGAUCCAACAAUCUCCCCCAUCCAGCUUGAUCUUGAUCUAUUCUAUGUCACUGCCUGUCAGUUCCAGGAAAAGUGCAGUGGGAAGCACACACCAAAUUCGAUUCUCUGCAUCCUCGGACCUGUACCUACAGUCAGUCAGUUGGCUGUUUGUCUGAAGUUCGGAUACUGCCGCGCGCUGCAUAAUGACAGCUCCGGUCCCCGCGGCGCCAGUGGCAGCUAACCGUAGCCCUAGCCCCGGCCAGACAGAUGUUGCCGCUCCAGAACCUACAGCCGUUGCGGUAUCAGAAGCUGUACUGCCAGCAACGGACGCACCAGUAGUACCGCCACUGCAAGACAACGACAACGAUUCUCCAGAUGAUGAGGACUCAGCUUUUGGAGAUGGAGAAAGCUCAACGGGAUCCGUCUCGUCCAGCAUUCGCAAUUAUCGUGAAGUGCAUGGCCGCACCUUUCAUAAUUACGGGAACACCGAGUAUUGGGGUCCAAACGAUGAGACUCAGAAUGAGCAGCUUGACAUUGGGCAUCACAUGUGUACCCUCAUUCUCGAUAAUAAGCUGUACCUAGCACCUAUCGAGAAGAACGUCCAGAAAGUCUUGGACAUAGGUACUGGGACUGGUAUCUGGGCAAUUGAUUUUGCUGAUGAGCAUCCCUCUGCUACCGUCAUCGGCACGGACAUCUCUCCAAUUCAACCAACAUGGGUACCACCGAAUCUCAAGUUCGAAAUCGAUGAUGCCCAACUCGAGUGGACAUUUCCCGACAACGAUUUCGACUACAUCCACCUUCGAUGUCUCAUGGGAAGCAUCGACAACUGGCCACUCCUCUAUCAACGCGCAUUCAACGCUACAAAGCCAGGAGGUUACAUUGAGCAUCUCGACAUGGACAUCCAAUUCACUUCUGAUGACGGCACCGUGAAAGAGGGCGAUGUCAUGUACGAAUGGUCGCAAGUGUUUAUCGGCGCGGGCGAGAUGAUGGGUCGCACUUUCAAGGUUGCGCAGAACUCCAAGAAACUUAUUGAAGCGGCGGGGUUCGUGGAUGUGGUAGAGAAGACGUACAAGAUCCCUGUGGGAUCAUGGAUGGAGGAUCCAAAAUGGAAGGAGAUUGGGAAAUGGGAUCUUCUGUAUCUCACGACAGGGUUGGAGGGUAUGGCGUUAUAUAUUUUGAAGAAUGUGCUAGGUUGGGAAUUCGUGGAGAUACAGGUAUAUUUGGCCACCAUGCGGAAAGCUCUCUUGAACCGGCGCAAUCACGCCUAUUACCUCGUAACUGUCGUGUACGGACGAAAACCCGAAUCAAGUACUGAGUGAUUGAAGCGUUGGGUUGGCUAAUGAAGGUAUAAAGGCAUGAGGUGAGAGUCUCUUUAUGCGGGAGCUGAAUGAAGGAGCAACGAGUACAGGGGAAGGAAAAAUACGGAGGACAACCUCAUCAAAGGUGUUUACGUUACUUGGAAGUGGUGAAAAGCUCCGCAAUAAAUGGUUCUAGACGAGUUUGAAACGCUUCAAAGACUGUUGACCCUGGCGAAAUUGCCCUCCCCGCGAUAUCGUUGACAACAACAACAAUAAGCGAACUUAAGAGCUACGGUACUACGAGGCCUGAGUUUAGAUUCCAAGAAUCCAAAACCGACGUCCAGUUUUCCAACCAAUGCUUAAUCCCAUAAGACACAAACCCCUCAAGACGUAGAGCACCGCGCAC